GACACCAAACUCACUGCGUCCCGCAGGACCAAUGGCCACCGUCGAGGCAGGGCCUCCGGCCACCUUUGGAGCGUGGGACUACGGGGUCUUCGCGCUCAUGCUGUUGGUGUCCACGGGCAUCGGGCUGGGCGUCGGGCUGGCGCGCGGUGGACAGCGGAGCGCCGACGACUUCUUCACGGGCGGCCGCCAAUUAACGGCCGUGCCCGUGGGCCUGUCGCUGGCCGCCAGCUUCAUGUCGGCCGUGCAAGUGCUGGGCGUGCCCGCAGAGGCCGCACGCUUCGGACUCAAGUUCUUGUGGAUGUGCCUGGGCCAGCUGCUCAGCUCGGUGCUCUCUGCCACCCUCUUCUUGCCCGUCUUCUAUCGCCUGCGGCUAACCAGCACCUACGAGUACCUGGAGCUGCGCUUCAGCCGCGCGGUGCGGCUCUGCGGGACCGUGCAGUACCUGGUGGCCACGGUGCUCUACACGGGCAUCGUGAUCUACGCGCCCGCCCUCAUCCUGAACCAGGUGACCGGCCUGGACAUCUGGGCAUCCCUCCUGUCCACAGGAGCCAUCUGCACCUUUUAUACGACUGUGGGAGGCAUGAAGGCGGUGGUCUGGACCGACGUCUUCCAGGUGGUGGUGAUGCUGGCUGGCUUCUGGGCCAUCCUAAUCCGGGGGACCAUGCUCGGGGGAGGUCCUGCACAAGUGUUGGAGCUUGUCCAGAACCACUCACGGAUCAACCUGCUGGACUUUGACCUGGACCCCCGGAGCCGCUACACCUUCUGGACCUUUCUGGUGGGGGGUACGCUGGUGUGGCUGUCCAUGUACGGGGUGAACCAGGCACAAGUGCAGCGCUACGUGGCCUGUCGCUCGGAGUCGCAGGCCAAACUGGCUCUGCUCAUCAACCAGCUGGGCCUGUUCGUGAUAGUGUUCAGCGCGGCCAGCUGCGGGAUGGUCAUGUUCGCCUUCUAUGCCAGCUGUGACCCUCUCCGCACCGGGCGCAUCUCUGCCCCCGACCAGUACAUGCCCAUGCUGGUGCUGGACAUCUUCCGGGAUUUGCCCGGGGUCCCUGGGCUCUUCCUGGCCUGCGCCUACAGCGGCACCCUCAGCACGGCGUCCACCAGCAUCAAUGCGAUGGCGGCUGUCACCCUGGAAGAUCUGCUCAAGCCACGCCUACGCGGCCUGGGGCCCCGCCGGCUGGUUCUGGUGUCCAAGGCGCUUUCGUUCAUCUAUGGUUCCGCCUGCCUCACUGUGGCUGCCCUGUCCUCGCUGCUGGGGGGCGGUGUCCUCCAGGGCUCCUUCACGGUCAUGGGCGUCAUCAGCGGCCCCCUGCUCGGGGCCUUCAUCCUGGGCAUCUUCCUUCCCUCCUGUAACUCGCGGGGCGUGCUCUCUGGUCUGGCAGCGGGCUUGGCACUAUCACUGUGGGUGGCCGUGGGCGCCACCCUGUACCCGCCCAGCCCACAGUCCAUGGGGGAGCUGUCGACUUCGGCUGCCGGCUGCGCCCAGCUCCUGGCCAACGCCUCCCUCCUGAACCAGCAGGGCACCGCUAACGCCUCCAGUGAGGGCCACAGCGGGGACACUGGCCUGCCAGCCUUGGCCAACAGUUUGUAUGCCAUCUCCUACCUCUAUUAUGGAGCCCUGGGCACGGUGGUCACGGUGCUGUGUGGUGCCCUUGUCAGUUGCCUGAUGGGUCCCACAAAGCGUGCUUCCGUGGGUCCCGGGCUGCUGUGGUGGGACCUGGGCAGGCAGAUGACGCCUGUGGCAGGACAGGAAGAAGCCGUCGUGCUGGAUGAUGGCGCUUUGGUGAAGGGCGUGGAGACACUGACCCCGAGAGCCAAGAAUUCCCCGGAGCUCCUGCCCGCUGAGGACCGUCCACUCUUCCAGGGGGCAGAGGGGUCCAGUGCCAGGGCUCCAGGCCCGGACCUGCGCGAGACGAACCUCUGAGGGUGGGCGGAACUCAGGAUGGCCAAUCCCAGGCCAGCAGUCGAGGGCUCAGGUUCUGAUUGGCUGGAACGCACUUCUAUGCAGAUGAGCCGGGCGUAGGGGGGUCCAGCCCCCUCUGACUUUUCCCUUAUCUAUGAUGCAGAAAAGGCCCCAUCCAGGGACAGGGAAACUGAGGCCCGGAGAGGGGCAGCCAUUUGGUCAAGGUACUUACGAAGCAGACUCCCCCAGGAGUCCUGAGUUAGAGGUCACUGGGAGCAGGAAUGAAAAUUAAGGAUUCAGUUUCCCGGGCCAGCACAGCAGGGCACUG